GUCAUAUCAGCUGAUUGCGUCAUUGCAUAGAAAGACAAUAACGCAAAAACAAAAAACAAGUCGUAAUAUCGAAUUUGGGUUUAUUGUGAUCAUUUUGGAAAUUACAGUGUGCUUUUAAUACCAAAAUGAAGUUCCAAUACAAGGAAGAACACUCUUUUGAGAAACGGAAGACCGAAGGAGAGAAAAUACGCAGGAAGUAUCCGGAUCGAGUACCAGUAAUUGUCGAGAAAGCUCCGAAGGCUAGAUUGGGAGACCUCGACAAGAAGAAAUAUUUGGUUCCGUCAGACUUAACUGUCGGACAAUUCUAUUUCCUCAUUCGAAAACGUAUUCAUCUGCGACCGGAGGACGCGCUGUUUUUCUUUGUUAACAAUGUAAUUCCUCCCACAUCUGCGACCAUGGGAUCUCUGUACCAGGAGCAUCAUGAUGAAGACUUUUUCCUCUACAUAGCCUUUUCUGACGAAAACGUUUAUGGAUCUAUGUAAAAUUUAUCUUUUCAUAACCAUAUGUAGAUUGAUGUAACCAUAUGGUGAAACUUAGUUUUAAGGCUUAGUUUAAUAUUGAUGUAUUAUGUUACGAUGGUGAUAAAUAAUUUUAAUUUGCAAUUUCCACACACAACUUUGUGAACGCAAUGUUUUAGUUAAUAACAUUACACUUAUGGUAAAUUUAUUGAAUCUUUUCAAUCUCUUUGUUUGGUUUAGGAGUGUGAUUAUUUCUGUAUCUAUACAAUAAACUAUAAACAAUA